CUUUUCAACUCAGGUCAUUCUGGGAUUCUAUGUCUUUAUCAGAAAAUAUUUAAUAAAUACUAUUCCUAAUUGCCAUGUCAGUGUUUCAAGAGUCCAGCUCUGAAUUGUAGGUUAGACUAAUUUUUACAUGAUUUUCCCCAUGGAAUACACCUUUUUGAACUUUGUGAUCCUUCUUGCAACCUUACGGAGACUGUUUGCAUUUAGAGAACACUGUGCAUCAUUCGGAUGGAAUCUACACAGACUGAAAAACCCUUUGCAGAGAGACUGUGCUUGAAGGUGUUUCAGAGAUGUCCCUAAAGAAAUGAGUAAGGAGCUUUCUGUGCUCUCUUAGGGACAGAGCUCUACAUCUCUCCCAUCAGAUGAGAGCAUCUGCACUGUGUGACUGCAGCUCUUGGCCACUUCACCUUGUGCAAAGCUCAUAAUGGAGUAUCAACCAUGAAAAAUGGGAUUUCCUGGGAAUUCAUUAGCAGUUGGGAUCCCCUCAGUAAAAUGCAAAGCUUCAUUUUACUGUCACCAUCAGGCCUGAGGAGCAGCUCGCUGCAGAAGUUUUUCAGAGCUGUAAGUACUUCGGAAGUCUGCAGCCACUUGGAAACAGAACAAUUAAUGUCUUCAUUGCAUUCAUGAGCAAGCUUCCCUGAGCAACCAUGUUGUCUUACUCAUUCUGCAUGAUUGCAGCAGCAGUUGCUUUACUAAUGCCUUGCCAGGCACAAAACUGUGCAGGAGCUCCUGAGCUACCCAGCAUCCCUGGAGUUAGUGGACUGCCUGGUCUGGGAGGUCUCAGUAGAUAUUUAGGAGGUCUACUGCAGCCUUACAGAAAAGAGAAACUUACUGAACGUCAGUGGUUACAAAGACAGCAAGAUCUAUCUACUUCUUUUGAUGAUGAACUCCGCAAUGUUUUACUGAAUCUAAGACAACGACUUUUCCAGCUUGAAGGAGUGCUUGCUCUGAAUGGGAAAAUAACAAAAGUAGGAGAGAAAAUAUUUGCCAGCAAUGGAAAGGAAGUCAAUUUUUCAUCUGCCCUAGAAUCCUGUGAAGAGACUGGAGGAACUCUUGCAACUCCCAUGAAUGAGGAGGAGAAUAAAGCUAUUAUGGGCAUUGUGAAACAGUAUAACCGAUACGCUUACUUGGGUAUUAAAGAGAGUGACACUGCAGGUCAAUUUAAGUACAUGAAUGGCCAACCUCUGAAUUAUACCAACUGGCAACAAUAUGAGCCUAAUGGCAAAGGGACAGAAAAAUGUGUAGAGAUGUACACUGACGGAAAGUGGAAAGACAGAAAAUGCAACCUGUACCGCCUCACAAUCUGUGAAUAUUAGAGAAUGACCUUUCAAGCACCUGAGAACGAACAUGGAGACCAUGAAAUACCCUGUUUCAUUCAGACUGAUGCAAUUUCUGCAAUUAUUCAAUGUCACAAAAUCUAAAAUGAAUCAUAUUACUAUAUAUUUUUAUGCUUAAGAAAAUGCCAAAUGUAGAAGGUGAUUAACUUACUUAAUUAAAAUGUGCGUAAUCUGAUGUACUUGUCUCUCUUUUUGGAGAGCUGAAAGCUCAGAAUUCAUCGGUCACAACAGACUGUCCCUCUCCAGUAGGUCUACAUGAAAAUUAGAGGAAAAUUCCAAGGAUAGGAUUUGGAUAUUGGAAAAAACCUGAAGAUAAAAUUACCUUUGAUUGAAAACACUGUGAAAACAUACUGAAAACAUUUUCACGUAUUUCAUAAAUAGUCUUACAGGUCAUGAAUAGAUUUCACUGGACCAAGGAUGGUCUUUGGACUUGAGUAUCUCCUAUAACAAUAAGGCUCUCCUAGAAAGCCUUAGGUGACGUGUGUCACAGUGAAGCGUGCAU